AUGACACUGAAUGAUGUCACUGGUCACGAGUCUCAGCUGAUAAGAAGAGUGGCAGAAGACAUCUGCCAUGCAUCCUCUUCCAAGCAGCCAGUCACCAGAGUCACAAGACAACGGCAAGGGGACAUGGAAAAUGCCUCCACCAUUUCCAGCAAUGCACAGGAAUAUUUGUCUUAUUCUCACAUGCUAAAGUUUAGUUUUUCACUGAUCCCUGUUGUCUUCUUCACCUACCUCAACUGUGUCAUGCUUUUCACCCUGAAAAGAAAGGCAGCAUUCCAAGGAGUGCCUCGCUACAUCCUCUUUGGCCACAUGCUCUUGGCUGACUCCCUUCAGUUUCUAUGUAGCAUGCUUUCAUACUUUAUCACUGUGGCCAAAUUGUACUUGAGCAAUGGAUUAUGUGGUGUUAUCCUAUCUCUGGCAAAUAUAACCACUUAUAUCUCCCCACUCAAUCUGGCUGUAAUGGCUCUGGAGAGGUACUCUGCCAUCUGCUUCCCCCUCAGGCAUGCUGAGAUUGCCACCAGUAAGUGGACUGGUGUAGCCAUUGGUGUGGUGUGGGUGCUGGGCUCUUUGAAUGCUGUAAUACGAUUUUUCCUGUUUCUAACAAUAGGGCCUCCUUUCUUUGUAGUGAAGGCUUAUUGUGGACGAAGACAGUUGCUCUAUCUGGAAUUGUUCUCCAACAUUAAUAAAGUGUUCACAGUUGUUUAUUUUGUUUUAGUCGGGUUCAUUAUCAUCUACACAUAUAUUGCCAUAAUGGUUGAGGCUAAAUCUGCAUCCUCCAAUAAAAACAAGGCCACAAAGGCCCGAAACACUGUGCUGCUUCACCUAAUUCAGCUGGGCCUGUGCCUGUCUUCCUUUGCAGUUAGUGCUUUAAAUGAGCUGGCAUCACGCCUGGAGGCCGGCACAGGGUCAAAUGUCAGGUUUGUCAGGUAUGUCAAUUUCAUGUUUUUAAUCAUUCUGCCCAGGUGUCUGAGUCCGCUGAUAUAUGGGUUGAGGGAUGAAAUGUUCAGGCCUGUCUUUAUUUAUUAUUUCACUUUUGGCCUGAAAAGCAAAAUCAAGCCAGAGGUUAAUUAG